AUGGGUGGUGCGAAGAUAAGGGAUGUCAUGGCUGCUCCACGGGCCGCAUUGUCCUGGGAUGAUGUGGUGCGUGCGAUGCUACCGGCCUCCACGAUGGCGCCGCUGGAUACUGCUCGAAGACUGUACGGUCAUAUGAGCAAUGUGGCGAUCGGGUUCUUCCACGCAGCGGUGAAGGAUGGUGGACUGGGUGUUCCAAGACUGGCGGAGUUCAUCCCGCAUCUUAGACUACGGAGGUUACUGCGUUUACGUGCGUCCUCCGUAGCCCACGUAGUCGCCUGUGCAUGCGGGGCAAUGGUUGAUUGUCAAAUCAGAUGGUGUCGUGCUCGCCUGGCAAACGUGCCAAGACCCGAGAGUGCGGACAGCCUUAAAGCGUACUGGGCACGGCUAUGGCACGAUGCGGUGGACGGAGCUGACCUGUCUCACAUUGCCGAAAGCGGUGUGAGUACGGAUUGGGUCCGCCGACCGAGUCCCUUCAUGCGAGGGGGCGACUUCGUGCACUAUAGCUGGGUCCGUGCGAACUCACUAUGCAGUCGUAUGAGGGUCACACGAGGGCGACGAGGGGGCCGUGAUGUCAUGUGUCGUGCGGGUUGUCAGGCAACUGAGACCGCGGGACACAUGAUUCAGCGGUGCUGGAUCCUCAGGCACGAAUGCAUAGUGAAGGCGGUCGGUAACUCGCUAAUAGAGAAGGGAUGGACGGUACACUACGAGAGAGUGUACCACACGCCAGUAGGGCCCAGGAAACCUGACAUCACUGCUGUGCGGGGGAACAAGGUUGCUAUCGUCGAUGCGCAGGUAGUCUCUGGCGAUACACUUAAUAGGGCUCACUCGAAUAAGGUGGCCAAGUACCGAGACGAAGCCGGACUCACUGGCAUUAUCAUCGCUGAGCGCCGAGCUGGCCGGGACGGGGCGGCGGCCAGAGUUGCGGCAGACAGCGUUGUGUAUGCGACGGUCACCGUCUCGUGGCGUGGGGUCUUGGGCAGUGAUAGCAUGCGUAGUCUCGAGGACCUUGGUGUGGACCGGCGAACUCUUCGACGGAUUCCUAUCAUGGCCCUGAAAGGCUCCUACCUCAACUGGGUUCGAUGGAAUGGUAUGACCUAG